AUGCUGAGGUUGGCUCCCGCCGUCAGGCUGCUGAAAGCACCCCUGGGGGGCUGGGUGGUCCCCAAGGCACACAUCUCUGACAAGCCGGCCAGAACACCCACUUCUCCAACGGAGCAGGCCAUCGGGCUCUCUGUGAUGUUCCUCGGCUUCCUGAUCCCCGCGGGCUGGGUCAUGUACCACCUGGAGAGCUACAAGAAGAGCUCCAUAGCAUGAAGCCUUCACGGUCACCGCUCCAGGCACAGACUGGAAGAUCGGAUUAAACCAUCCUUCCUCCUAACGUUUCCUUAGUGAUUCUUUGUGUAUGUGCA